AUGACUUCUUUUCUUUCGGCUGUUCCUAAUAUCCUAGAGAUUGAAACCACUAGAGAAGAGGUGAAAGCAUCAAGCAUCAUAGCUUCCAAAAGGAUGAAUAAUGGAGGAGAGGAAAAUAAGGGAAUUUGUUUGAGUUGGAAGGAUCUAUGGGUAACUGUUUCUGGUUCGAAGAAUCAAAGCAAAUCGAUUCUUGAAGGUUUAACUGGUUAUGCAAAACCAGGUCAGGUUUUGGCUAUAAUGGGUCCUUCUGGUUCUGGAAAAUCUACACUUCUUGAUGCUUUAGCAGGGAGAUUAGGUUCAAACACAAGACAAUCAGGAGAGAUUCUGAUCAAUGGCUAUAAGCAAGCAUUGGCUUAUGGAACCUCGGCAUAUGUUACACAAGAUGAUACAUUAUUAACAACCUUAACUGUCAAAGAAGCAGUAUACUAUUCAGCUCAGCUUCAAUUACCUGACACAAUGUCUAAACAAGAGAAGAAACAAAGAGCUGAUUCUACAAUCAGAGAAAUGGGUCUUCAAGAUGCAACUAACACAAGAAUUGGAGGGUGGGGUGUUAAAGGCAUAAGUGGGGGUCAGAAAAGAAGAGUCAGCAUUUGUAUUGAGAUUCUAACACAUCCUAGUCUUCUUUUUCUUGAUGAACCAACUAGUGGACUUGAUAGUGCUGCUUCUUACUAUGUCAUGAAAAGAAUUGCUUCCUUAGGGAAAAAAGAUGGAAUUCAAAGGACUAUUAUCGCGUCGAUCCAUCAACCUAGUACCGAAGUUUUUCAACUUUUUCAUAAUCUUUGUCUUUUGUCUUCUGGUAAAACUGUUUACUUUGGACCUGCUUCCGCCGCAUCUGAGGAUAUCGAGAUUGAUUUAGCAGAGAUGAGUAGAACGAUUUCGACAGAAGAAGCAAUUGGUAUCCUUGUGACGUCAUAUACAUCAUCUGAAAUAAACCAAGAAGUUAUAAAUGAACUAGCAGCACUGUCAAAAAAGGACAACAAUUCAACAUACAAGAAGAAAAAACAUGCUGGCUUUCUUAAUCAAUGUUUAGUUCUUACUAGAAGAUCUUUCGUAAACAUGUUCCGUGAUCUAGGCUAUUAUUGGUUACGCCUCGGCAUAUAUAUUGCUUUAGCUAUAAGUUUGGCCACUGUCUUUAAUGAUUUGGAUAAAAGUUAUGGCUCAAUUCAAGAUAGAGGCUCAUUUCUUAUGUUUGUGUUCUCAUUCCUAACUUUCAUGACCAUUGGUGGAUUUCCUUCUUAUGUGGAGGACAUGAAGGUAUUUGAACGUGAAAGACUAAAUGGACAUUAUGGUGUUAGUGCAUAUGUGAUUGGGAACACAGUUUCAUCUCUUCCAUACUUGUUAAUGGUUUCAUUGAUUCCAGGAGCUAUAGCAUACUACCCUUCUGGUCUUCAAAAAGGAUAUGAACAUUUUCUAUAUUUCAUUUGUGCUCUAUUUUCAUGUCUAAUGUUAGUAGAGAGUCUUAUGAUGAUAGUUGCAAGCAUUGUUCCUCAUUUUCUAAUGGGAAUCAUAACGGGGGCCGGAAUUCAAGGAAUCAUGAUGUUGGCUGGUGGGUUCUUUAGAUUGCCAAAUGAUCUUCCAAAUCCAUUUUGGAGAUAUCCUAUGUUCUACAUAGCAUUCCAUAGGUAUGCUUUUCAAGGAUCAUAUAAAAAUGAGUUUAAAGGACUAAAGUUUGAUAGAGAUGAUGGAUCCCUUAAUUACAUUAGUGGUGAUGAGAUUCUAAGAACUAAAUGGCAUGUGGAUAUGAGUUACUCAAAGUGGGUUGAUCUUGGAGUGUUGUUGGCUAUGAUUGUUUUAUAUAGACUUUUGUUUUUGAUUAUUAUCAAAACUACUGAGAAGCUUAAACCUUUUGUUCUGUCACUCAUGCUAGUGUCUCCAAGGAAAAAUAUACAAGUUUUGGAGAAUACUAGGGCUACUCCUUUACAUGUAGAAAUUGUAUAA